UCUCCAGCCUCAUCGCGGCGCCAAAGUCGAUCGCACCGCAACCUGGCAGCCCCAGCUCUUCACUGCUUUACGACCAGAUCUCUACUACGAAACAACAACUCAGUGCACGCGCUCCGACACAUCCUCACUUUACUUUUGAUUCCGCCGCCAACCUCCCCUCAACUCCACCAGGCCCCCGCAAAGAUGGCAGGCCUCAAGACCAUCAUCGCCCUCUCCUUCGUCCUCGCCAUCGGCUUCCUCCUCGUGAUCCUCUCCUCCGCGCUAUGGCACAACUACUUCCCGCUGCUCGUCGUCGCAACCUACGUCGUAGCGCCCUUGCCCAACUGGCUCUGCGGGCACGCCGCGAACCCUGACGACUUUAUGGAGAGCAACGGGAGCGGGAUUGUUGAUUUCGGACGGUUCUUGACCGGCUUCUUGGUGGUGAUGGGGAUUGGUACGUGGAACCUGUUCUAUAAGCAAGAGGAGGGAGUUGGAAGAGAGGCUGGCUGCCUCUGGUAUCCAGAGCGGAGCUUUCUGACAACUCUACCAGCGCUCCUCGCUCACUGCGCCAUUAUCCAGAUCCCGGCUAUGGUCAUGUCGAUUAUCGGCGGCUUGUUGAUUUACGGCACUAUCAUUAGCUUCGGCCUCUUCUUUCAAGAGGAGGCGGAGUUCUAA